CAAAAGUAAACAGGAAGUCAAGCACGCGCACUUUCGGUUAUUCUGAUUAAAAUAAACAAGACAUGAUGUGACUUAAUAAGUGGGGAUCAGCAGGGAUCAAAACAAACACAGGGUGAGACGGGUGAGAAGUGCAUCCCCGCCGCGAGCUAUGAGACUGGCUGGACUCCGCUCUGAUCAGCAGGGAAUAAGCAGAGAACCCCAGUUUCAAUCAAAGAGAAGAAUCCAAUUCAAGCCACCUCAAGUAUCCAGUUCUCUCAGAUGGGGCGAUUCACGUGUUUUUCCAAGGCAGAAGGAUUUAACUAGGCCUGCUUCCCCUCCUACUGCAGUGCCUGUAGCAACAGCAGGCGGUGAGAACAAUGUAGAAACUCCUCUGGCCCCAAGAAAAUUGAAACCAUCAAAAUCUUCAGAAACAACCUCGCCUCAAGAGAAGUCAACAUCUGCACACAUACACAGAACCCCUGAACAGCUGACACAAGAGCCCCCAUCAAAUGAAGCUGUUCCACAGGUGAACCACGUACUGAAGAAGAAGGCAGGCCUGAAGUCAGAGCGACAGAAGAAUGGCCGCCAGAGCUCAGAGUACCAGAAACAGUUUCAGUGGAAGACUGCUGUAGCUGAAUCGCCUCUUAUUGCUGCACAACAGAUGUUGUACACCAGCAACAGGUCAAUCCCACCUUAUAAAUCUAAUCCAGUAGAGCUGGAGACUGAGUACAAGAGAAGCUUUAAGGGAUCCCCUCCACCCAGAGCCCCACGCUUACGCAGGGAUGUGGAAUUAGAAGAGCUUCCACCGUGCCAACGGGAGAAUAUUUCUCCUGAGAAGAGAAACAGGAAGAAAAGAAGGCAACAGCGCCUUAGAAGAAGGUCAGGCCCAAAUGAGGAAAAUCAAGAGCCACAGCCCUUGCAACAGGAUGUGAGGACACCUCAGUCCCAAAAAGAUGCUUCACCUGAAGUUAGGAGGAAGGUGAAGACUGAAUAUAGCUCCAAUUUCUGCUCUCCACUUUAUUACUGCUACAGAGAUGGAGCAUGGGUCUGGUCCAGGACAAUAGAACAGGAGGUGCAAGAGCUGCGAGACAAAGCAGAAGCUUACAGAAAGAGAGCCUGGGGAACUCACUUCUCCCGGCAGCACCUCAGUCAGAUCCUGUCAGAGCAGAACUGUUUUUGGGAGGCGUCCACUAGCUCCUCUUUGUUGACUGAAGAGUAUGAUCAUUCCACCAGCAGUCCCAUCAUCGAAGCCCUGGACCUUGCCGGGGUCAAUAGUGUCCAGGGGAGCGGCAGCCCUGGGGCAUCUGUGUCCAUGAACAUUUCUAGGAGAAGCUCAGUUGAACAGGCAGAGCUUUCCAAAGACCCGACUCUCCCUUUACUGAGGAGACUGGCAUGGGAUGAGGAAGCAAGUCCCUCUGACAGGGUUUUGACCAAGAUAAAGCAUCACAGGGACAAGCCACCUGUUCAGGAACCAAAGGCAAACGAAGAGAAUGGAAUUAUCAGUGACCAUUCAGAGCACCGAGAGGAGAAGGUGAAUGUGCCUGAGAGGAAGCAGUCGUCACUGGCAGUGGGCUCAGGAAGCACCAAUGAGGAGGGCAGGUUACCUACUCCCAAGCUGAAAACGCUGCAUGCUGCACAGAGAACACAUCAUGACCGCACUACUCCUGCUACUGGAGGUGCGAUACUGGUGUCCCCUUUGAAGAUGAAACAUUCCAGGACCUCUAAGAGGAGUGAGCCACCACUUGGAAAAUCCACCUCACCUUACAGACACCUCAGUCAGGCUUCACCAUCACAAGCACAAAGCAAGGCCGAGAGUGGCAGUUUGUCUGGUUCUCCUCCGGCUGCAGGAAUGCCCACACUUGACCCGCUGCCUAUAAGAGAAGACACAUGGACUGAGAACACUCCUGAACUCUCUCCUGACCCCAAACCAUCCAGAGUUCAUCACAAACAAGCUACCAGUAACUGGCUUAUGGACAGUUACUCAUCACAUGCUAACAGAAUCCAGGGUACUCUGAGGAACCCUGAGUUCCAGCACAAUGGUAAUUUGGGAGUCAAUCGAACAAAUCCAUUUGUGUUCUCUUCAGGUGAUUCUGGUGUAUCUGAUGAUGAUGACAGGAUGUCUCAGAUCUCCUUUCGGUCAGCAGCCUCCUGUUCUAUGGCAUCGCAGGUUUUGGAUCGUGCUCAGAAGAGGAAAGAAGAGUUCUGGGGGAAAAGAUAGUUAUGUCAGUGUUUAAACAUAAAAUACCAGCCCUUUAUCUUCUCUGAGAUAUGCAUUUAUCCAAUCAUAACAAAAUAUUGAAUGGAUUCUUGUAAAAAGUAGAUGGGCCAGCUUAAGAUUUUUUAAUGCACGUGUAUUAGCCUUUUAUUAUAUUUUUACACUAU